CUUGAUGGUUUCGUCAUCAAUAUAACCAACGUCUGCAAUAACAACAAUUUUAUCUUCAACUUGUUUCUUUCUCUUCUGUAGCUAACCUCUAAAGUACACCCAAAAUAAAAGUUUGGUUUAUUUUUCUCAAGAAAUUUCUCUCUUUUCUUCUUUUUUCUAUCUUUUUUUUAUGUUCAAUUCUUGAAAGAAAGCUUAAUAUUAAUCCACUUAUGGAUAAAAAUAUACAGUACAAGAAUAAUGAAGGAAAUAAAGUUGAGGAUGGGCUUUUGAGUGGGUUCUCUAUAGUCUCUUCUACUCCUAAUAUAUCUUGGAAAUCUAGAAAGAGAUCAGCUAGCGCGAGGGAAUUAGACAAGGUAAUAGACAACACUCCUAAUGAAACACCCACCAAACAGGAAGAAUCAGCUUCCAAUGAUGAGAACAUGGAGGACACACUUGUGGUUCCGGAGCUUUCCGAGCGGCGAAAGGCUCUCUUUGAACCACUGGAACCUGUAUUGAACAUCAAUGGCCGGAGACCGGCGGCUGAAUCUCUGCUUCCGCCCCCGGAUUUUGAUGCAGCAAGCUAUCCUAAGGGUUGGCUGAUUGGAAAAAAGCGCAAGCUUGUGAAUGUAGAUGUUGUUGAGAGCAUGCGGAGGAUUGCUGUGCAAGAAAUGAACAGAAAGGACCGUGAAAUAGACGGGUUGAAUGAGCAAUUGGAAGAAGAUGCAAGAUGUCUAGAACAUUUACAGCUACAACUUCUUCAAGAACGGAGUAAACGAGCUGAAGUAGAGAGAGGAAAUGCAGUACUUCAAGACCAAGUAAACAUGCUGAUGAACAUGCUCCAACAGAAUGAACAAAUGAGUGAUGAUGGUGCAGGAGACGAACCCUAAAUUAAUAGUCGUUUAGAUUUGUUUUAAUUAUUCUUUUAUUAUAGCUAGGUUUGCUUUAAAAGUUAGAAGAAAUCAUACAUGAAUAUACUAUAUACACUAGUAUUUUUCAUGAUAGUUUGUUUUAGGAGGUGGUACUAUAUAUGUUGUGCGCCUGCUUGCUGUUUGUAAUUGACCCAAAUGUUCUGUAAAUGCUCUUUUAGCAGAUGGUAUAAGGAAAAAGGUGGGGGGAUAAAGACUA